AUGUUGUUGAGGUUACGCGGCCCCGAUGGCAUGUUCCGCCUGACGGUCGAGAAAGAUGACACCUUUGCGGAUCUUGGGCGUCAACUUCUUCCCAAACUUCCCCCGACCGUUGACCCGAAAACAGUUACACUUUCAAACCAUCCGACCGGCAGCGACGCCAAGAAUCUCAGCGAGGUAGCAAAGUUCAAGGUCGGCCAGGUUGGACUCAACCAUGGCGAUCUUAUCUUCGUCACAUACAAGCACAACGAUGCCGCGGCCGACGGUCCAGGCAACGGCGGCGAAGCCGCCAAAUCCAGCGUUUUAUCAUCUACAAACCGCCUCAACGGCAAACCGAUCCUACCUGCAGAAGACCUGCCCAUCGACCCGCCUGUGCUGCCGUCUCCGAAUGAACAUAUCAAGAACCCGUGGGAGACGGUGAGGCAGUCACCUUUGGAUGAUCGGCUAGACAAGCGCGGCGGCAAGAUCCCAAGGGGGCGCGAUCACAAGAUGUGUCGCCAUGGACCCAAGGGCAUGUGUGAUUACUGCAUGCCCCUCGAUCCAUUUAACGCCAAGUACCUCGAAGAGAAGAAGAUCAAGUAUAUGUCAGUACACGCAUACCUUCGCAAAAUCAACGGCGCAACAAACAGACCCGAGCUUGGUGCUUCGUUUAUUCCUCCUCUUGUCGAACCCUACUACAGAGUCAAGCGAGACUGCCCAUCCGGUCAUCCUCAGUGGCCUGAAGGUAUCUGCACAAAAUGCCAGCCCAGCGCCAUCACUCUCCAGCCCCAGGCAUUCAGAAUGGUGGACCACGUCGAGUUUGCGACGCCCCAGAUUAUCGACAAGUUCCUCAACCCCUGGCGUAUGACCGGAUGCCAACGGCUUGGUAUCCUCUACGGCAAAUAUCUUGAGUACGACGUUGUUCCGCUCGGUGUUAAGGCUGUCGUGGAAGCCAUCUAUGAGCCGCCGCAGGUUGAUGAAAUCGAUGGUGUUACUCUCAAUGUCUGGGAAAACGAGAAGGAUGUUAACGAGGUCGCGAGGCUGUGCGGUUUGGAACCCGUGGGCGUAAUCUGGACGGAUCUCCUCGAUUCUGGCAAGGGUGACGGAAGCGCCAUUUGCAAGAGACACACCGAUUCCUACUUCCUCGCAGCUCAGGAGAUCUGUUUUGCGGCGAGGUUCCAGGCACAGCAUCCGAAGGCUACCAAGUGGAGCGAUACAGGCCGGUUCGGCUCCAACUUUGUGACCUGUGUCAUCUCUGGCAACGAGGAGGGUGAAAUCUCAAUUUCAGCAUAUCAAAUGUCGAAUGAUGCGGUUGAGAUGGUCAGGGCUGACAUCAUUGAACCUUCCACGGACCCUGGUCAAAUGUUGGUGCGCGAAGAGGAGGAGGACGAUGGGUCGGUCAGCAGGACACGAUACAUCCCCGAAGUGUUCUAUCGCAAGAUCAACGAGUACGGAGCGAACGUCCAGGAGAAUGCGAAGCCCGCAUUCCCGGUCGAGUAUUUGUUCGUCACCUUGACUCACGGUUUCCCGGAAAGUCCGAAGCCGGUGUUUACGAACGACGGCUUCCCUAUCGCCAACCGCGAAUUUGUUGGGGAAGCCCAGGAAGCCUCGGCAGUAGCAAAGAUUCUUAAGGUGAACCAAAAGUCCGACCAGUUCGACGUUAGCAACUUCCACUUGCUCUGCUUCAUCCACCAAAUGAGCGUGCUAUCCAAGGAUGAAGAGGCACUCCUCUGCCGCGUAGCAACACAACAUGACCUUGCCGAUGCCUUCCAACUUCGGGCCACAGAGGGGUGGAGGACUCUGCACAUGAUUUUGGAAUCCACUGGCUGA